GAUGAAUAUUGGGGAGUUCACUGCGUUUGUCCGCCUGGAUACAAGCUCUCGCCUAACGGUGCCAUCUGUGAAGACUUGGAUGAAUGCGCUUCACCUUUUCCUCCGUGUGCGCAUCACUGCACAAACGCCAUUGGAUCUUACCACUGCCACUGCAGAGAAGGGUUUAAACUCAACAGAGGUGCCACAUGUCGAGCUAUGGGUAAUGCUACCCAACUGCUGAUGGUACAAAGGAACACUUUGGGUCUCCUGAAUGUAAAAUCCCAGCAGUUCAGUACCAUCAAGGCUUUGGUGUUUGAUCCAGUUGCAUCAGCGUAUGAUCUUACCAGGGGGUGGUACUACUGGGCCGACAAUGGCGGCAGCAUUUACAGAACUAAUGGACGGAGUAGCUGGACGACAUUUAUGGGACAACCAGGAAUAAAAGGUCUAGCCUGUGAUUGGCUAAAUGGAUACUUGUUCUGGACCAACCGGAAGACUGAAUCGAUCUAUAUGCAGUCAACUGAUGGUAAAAGCUUCACAACUCUGCUGCACAAAAAUGUCAGCCCAACAGAAUUGGUGCUUCUACCCAUUGAGAGUCUGAUGUUCUGGAUCAAUGAAGGUCCGGGCGACAGAGUGACAUUGGAGAAGUCCUGGAUGGAUGGAUCCGACAGAAGCCCUCUUACGGUCCUCACUGCCCAGUCUGCCCACAGUCUCUCUGCUGACGUAGCUGCCGGGAGGCUCUACUGGAUCAGUGACUCAAAGAGGUCUGUAGAGACGGUGAAGGUGGAUGGGACUGGCCGUUACACCUUCACAGGAUUCUUUAACAAGAGACCGGCUUUCAGCCUCGCUGUGUUUGAAAGCAUGUUCUUCUGGACCGACGAAAAGGGACUGUGGCAGGCUCCCCAAGGUCAGACAAGUCCAAGGAAGUUCAUCAGGAAAACUGACUCGCCUCUGCUGUCCGUCUACCAUGAGCUCCAACAGCCAAAAGGCUCAUCUGCUUGUGCCAAGAUAUCGUGCCUUCUCUGCCAACUGACUAAAAACAACCCUGUUGGAUUCACCUGCGCUUGUCCAUAUUUUAAAGUACUGCUGCCUGAUGGGAAAUGUGAAUAUCCACGAUUCUUAUAUGGCACGUUUGGAACAAUCUGGUUGCUGGAGUUUAAAGGCAGAGAGUUCUCUGAAACGGAGCUGUUUUCCUCGGCUGAAGGAAUCCUGUCUUUUGACGUCGACUGGUACAGAGACUGGCUGUACUGGACCAAUGAAACUGGCCACAUCCAACGCAUCAGUCUUACUCUGGACAGGACAGAGUUCAUACCAACACCUUUGCCAGUGUGUCAGCUGUCUGUGGAACAGAGGAGUGGCAACCUUUUCUGGGUGUCAUGUGACCAGAACAUCAUUGGCACAAGCGCAGCCGGUAGUAAUGCCCCACAGCAGCUGUACCGCACCACAAAGGAGAUUAAAAGCUUCUACCUGGACUGGCUGAGGGGUGAGAUGUUCUGGCUGGAGGAGGGUUGGCUCUUCAGCAUGGGAUUGACAGGAGAAAGGGCUAAGGAGCUGCUGCAGAUGGCAGAAGGAGUCAGGGGAAGCGUCGCCUUUGACCUUAGAGCCAGCAGUCUCCUCUGGAACUCUAAAAGAGCAGGUCUGACUAUGUUGAGUUUGUUGAAGGAAAAAAGCCACCUAGCAGGAAGAAGGUGGAACAUCUCUGGCUCGGUCAUGGCUGCCUUUGAGCCGUUCCUUUUAACGGUUUCAAACAAUGUGAUAACUCUGUGGGAUCGUCGGGAUGGGAACAAAAUUCAGUCUGUUCCCGUGAAAGGUCCAGUGCUGAGUGCCAUCGCUGCACUUGGGGAGAUUCGAACAGUGCCAGAAGCGCCAGCGUGCAACGCCCCGUCCUGGUUGUGCCGACAGUCAUCGGUCUGCCUUCCACAAAACCUGCUCUGUGAUGGCAAGAGGGACUGUCCUGAUGGCGACGACGAGGAGUUCUGCAUCAUCUCUUGUCCUGAAGAGGAUUUCAAGUGUGAGGACAGAAGAAACUGUAUACCCAGAAGCCUUUUGUGCGACGGCCGUGCGCACUGCCACGACGGCUCGGAUGAGGUUGACUGCCCAACCGUGGCGGCUCCUGCGUCGCGGACAAACGUCCUGAAGUGUCGCAGCGGCUCAAUGCUGUGUAAAGAUGGCUCAGAGUGUGUCUUAUACACUCAUGUCUGUGAUGGCGAGGCAGACUGUAAGGACGGAUCUGACGAACUGGGAUGUGAUGCAGCGCAAGAACCCACAAUUUCUCUGAAAUCCAAAAAAGAGCUUCCCGUUACCAGACCUCCUGCCCUGACUCUGACAGCCUGCCUCAGCCCUUCUGUCCUCUGUCCUUCCUCUGCUGCAUACAUCUGCAUCGCUCAGAGCCAGUUUUGCGACGGCCUUAAGGACUGUCCUGAUGGCUUUGAUGAAGAGGACUGCAUGGACGCUUGUCCAACAAGAAGUGAUUUUCUCUGUAAGGACCGACGGAGCUGCGUGUCAAAGCAUUUAGUCUGCGAUGGCCACUCUCACUGCCUUGAUGGCUCAGAUGAAGCAGACUGUCUGAACGUGGCUCAGAGUGCUGCUGGAAGUGGGGUAAAGUGUCGCUUUGGAUCAAAACUCUGCAGAGAUGGCGCGUCAUGUGUGCUCCUGAGCCACAUUUGUGAUGGCGACAGGGACUGUAAAGAUGGCUCUGAUGAAGAAGGGUGUGACAACCCAGGGGUUACAGCCACCAAUCCUCCCACCGUGCCUCCAUGUACGAGCCCCUCAGUUCUGUGUCCAGGUUCUUCUAUAUGCAUCAAACCAGCUCAGAUGUGUGACGGGAAGAGGGACUGCCCUAAUGGCUUUGAUGAGAAAUGUGUAAAAAGAUGUUCCUCAGACGCUGAUUUCCGUUGCAAAGACCGUCGUCGCUGUAUCCCAAAGAGCCAGGUUUGCGACGGGCGUUCCCAGUGCUACGACGGCUCAGACGAGCUCAACUGUCCAAGCGCAGCGGCUCCUGCAGCUCCAAAUAAAGUCCUGAAAUGUCGCCUUGGCUCCAAACCCUGUCGGGACGAUCUGGGAUGUGUCCUCCUGAGCCAUUUUUGUGAUGGAGAGAAGGACUGUCAAGAUGGAUCGGAUGAAGAAGGAUGUGAAGAUUCACAGAGUGGUGCUCUGGAAAAUGAGCGCUUUGAAUCUCCUGCACAGACUAAAGUAACUCAGCCUCCAACCCUGCCUCCAUGUACCAGUCCUUCAGUCUUGUGCCCAGGAUCAUCGAUGUGCAUCAAACCGACACAGAUGUGCGACGGAAAGAGAGACUGUCCUGAUGGUUAUGAUGAGAAAUGUGUGGAAAGGUGUCCCUCCGACUCCGAUUUCCGCUGCAAAGACCGCCGGCGCUGCGUCCCUCCAAGCCAAGUGUGUGACGGGCGUUCCCAGUGCUACGACGGCUCAGACGAGCUCAAUUGUCCAAGCGCAGCGGCCCCUGCAGCUCCUAAUAAUAAAGUCCUGAAAUGUCGCCUUGGCUCCAAACCCUGUCGAGACGGUCUGGGAUGUGUCCUCCUGAACCAUUUUUGUGAUGGAGACAAGGACUGUCGAGAUGGAUCGGAUGAAGAAGGAUGCGAAGAUUCACAGAGCGGUGCUGUGGAAAAUGAGCGCUUUGAAUCUCCUGCACAGACUAAAGUAACUCAGCCUCCAACCCUGCCUCCAUGUACCAGUCCUUCAGUCUUGUGCCCGGGAUCGUCGAUGUGCAUCAAACCGACACAGAUGUGCGACGGAAAGAGAGACUGUCCUGAUGGCUAUGAUGAGAAAUGCGUGGAAACAUGUCCCUCCAACUCCGAUUUCCGCUGCAAAGACCGCCGGCGCUGCGUCCCUCCAAGCCAAGUGUGUGACGGCCGCUCCCAGUGCUACGACGGCUCAGACGAGCUCAACUGUCCAAGCGCAGCGGCCCCUGCAGCUCCAAAUAAAGUCCUGAAAUGUCGCCUCGGCUCCAAACCCUGUCGAGACGGUCAGGCAUGUGUCCUUCUGAGCCACUUCUGUGACGGAGACAAGGACUGUCGAGAUGGAUCGGACGAAGAAGGAUGUGAAGAUGGACAGAGUGGUGCUGGUAGAACCGAGGGCUUUGAACCUUCUGCAGUACCUCGGCCUCCCACCACGCCCGCAUGCACCAGCCCUUCAGUUCUGUGUCCAGGUUCACAGAUAUGCGUCAAACCAACACAGAUGUGUGAUGGAAGAAGGGACUGUCCUGAUGGAUCAGAUGAGAAAUGUAUUGAAAGAUGUCCCUCUGACUCUGAUUUCCGCUGCAAAGACCGUCGGCGCUGCGUCCCACAGGGCCAGGUCUGUGACGGCCGUUCUCAGUGCGCCGACGGCUCAGACGAGCUCAACUGUCCGAGCGCUGCAGCUCGCACGGCUCCGGCAGGAGUGCUGAAAUGUCGCCUUGGCUCCAAACUUUGUCGCGACAGGACGGCGUGCGUUCUCCUGAGUCACGUUUGUGACGGAGAGACGGAUUGCAGUGACGGAUCAGAUGAAGACGGAUGUGAAGAUGCAGAGAAUGCUCCUGUUACUUCUACAAAAGAGAAGUUCUUGCCUGAAGUAACGCCGCCUCCCACUAGGCCUCCGUGCACCAGUCCAUCAGUUCUGUGCCCAGGUUCAUCUGUAUGCAUCCAACAAACACAGAUGUGUGACGGCAAGAGAGACUGUCCUGAUGGCUAUGAUGAGAAAUGUGUAGAGAGAUGUCCUUCUGAAGGUGACUUUCGUUGCAAAGACCGUCGGCGCUGCGUCCCACAGAGUCAAGUGUGCGAUGGCCGCUCUCAGUGCAACGACGGCUCCGAUGAGGCGGACUGUCAAGGAGCAGCACUCCCUGCAGCUCCAAAUAAAACCCUGAAAUGCCGCUUUGGGUCCAAACUUUGUCGCGAUGGCACGGCGUGUGUUCUCCUAAGUCACAUCUGUGAUGGGGAGACGGACUGUCAGGAUGGAUCAGAUGAAGAAGAAUGUGACAAUGAGAGCUUGAAUCUGUCUCCCACAGCCACUAAAGUAACCGGGCCUCCAUGCACCAGCCCUUCAGUUCUGUGUCCAGGUUCUUCUUUAUGCAUCAAACCAACCCAGGUGUGCGACGGAACAAGAGACUGCCCUGAUGGAUUUGAUGAGAAAUGUGUCCAAACAUGUCCCUCUGACGCAGACUUCCGUUGCAAGGAUCGGCGGCGCUGCAUCCCUAAAAGUAAAGUCUGUGACGGGCAUUCGCAGUGCGCCGACGGCUCCGAUGAGGUUGACUGUCCAAACGCAGAGGUGGCUCCCGAAACUCCAAAAGUCCUGAAAUGUCGCUAUGGCUCCAGACCUUGUCGGGAUCAGACGGGUUGCAUCUUUCUGAGCCACGUUUGUGAUGGAGAGGCAGACUGCCGGGACGGAUCAGAUGAAGAAGGAUGUGAGACUGAUGCCAAGACUUCUGUGGGAAGUGAAUACAUGAACGAAUCUCCUGAACCCGUCAAACCAUUUAGUCAGCCUACCACACCACCAUGCACCAGCCCUUCAGUUCUAUGUCCAGGCUCCUCAAUUUGCAUUAAGCCAACACAGAUCUGUGAUGGGAGGAGAGACUGUCCUGAUGGGUUUGAUGAGAAAUGUGUGAGAAGAUGUCGCUCAGGCAAUUUCCGCUGCAAAGACCGUCGGCGCUGCAUCCCAAAGAGCCAGGUCUGCGAUGGCCGCUCUCAGUGCCACGACGGCUCAGACGAGGUCAACUGUCGGGCUGUAGAGCAUCCACCAGCUCAGACAAACGCCCUGAAAUGUCGUAUGGGGUCCAGAAUGUGUCGCGACGGGACUGAAUGUGUCCUCUUCAGCCACGUCUGCGAUGGCGAGAGAGACUGUGGGGAUGGUUCCGAUGAAGAAGGUUGUGAUGCUGCAGAAACCACUGAAUCGUCAUCUCCAAACAACCCGUUCUGCAGUUUUCCUUCAGUUUUGUGCCCUGACUCGAAUGUCUGCAUCAACCCGUCUCAGUUGUGCGACGGGAUCAGAGACUGCCCUGAUGGAUCUGAUGAGAACUGUGUGCACAAGUGUGCCGACAAGACUGACUUUCUCUGCAAGGAUCGCAGGAGCUGUGUGUCUAGGAGUCUGGUUUGUGACGGGCGCUCCCACUGCUACGAUGGAUCAGAUGAGGCUGACUGUCCAACCGUGACUGCUCCACCGUUCCAGCGCAAUCAAUUGAAAUGCCGCAUGGGCUCCAGGCCAUGCAACGACGGCAAAGAGUGCGUUUUAUUCAGCCACGUGUGUGAUGGAGAAAUAGACUGUAUGGAUGGGUCUGAUGAGGAAGGAUGCCAAGAGACUUGCAAAGAAGGAGAGUUUCAGUGCGCCCACGGGAAGAUGUGCAUCCCAGAGGCUGAGGUUUGCGACGGCAAGCUGCAAUGUCGAGAUCACUCUGACGAAGUGGAUUGCUGGCAUCGAACACAGAGUUGCGAGCAUCGCUGUGCUGACGGCAAGCGUUGCAUCCCAAAGAAGUUCCUCUGCGAUGGAGAGCCAGACUGCCUGGACGGAACGGACGAACUGAACUGCGAUGCUGCUCCAACUGAUGUUCCCGUUGACACAUCGGCUUGCAUCACUCCCUCAGUUCUGUGCCCGGGCUCAUCGCUGUGCAUCUCGCCAUAUCAGCUUUGUGAUGGCAAAAGAGAUUGUCCAGAUGGAUUUGAUGAAAUGGAAUGCAUAGUUAAAUGUGAAAACCCAGAUGACUUCCUGUGCAAAGACCAGAGGAAGUGCAUCCCAAAGAUUCGAGUGUGUGAUGGGCGUGCCCACUGUCCAGAUGGAUCAGAUGAGAAGCAGUGUCACUCAGGACUUCCUGCCACCUCCUCCCUUAACACGCCAAACAAGAAGCCCGGACCUCUAAAGUGCCGCACAGGUUUCAAGAUGUGUAAAAACGGCCUGCAGUGCAUCAUGUACAGCCAUGUUUGCGACGGCGAGCGGGACUGCCUGGAUGGGUCUGAUGAGGAGGGAUGUGAGAAGCGAUGCAAGCCAGGACAGUUCCAGUGUUCCCAUGGGAGUAAAUGCAUCCAACAAGAGCAGGUAUGUGACGGACAGAUGGACUGUCAGGACCGCUCAGACGAAAUGGACUGCUCAAAACCCAGCGAAGGCUGCGAACACCUGUGUGACAAUAAGACCCGCUGCGUCCCAAAAACCUUCCUUUGUGAUGGAGACAGGGACUGUGCUGAUGGGUCAGAUGAAGACAAAUGUGGUUUGGUAGCCUGUGCGUCAGACCAGUAUCGUUGCGAGAGCGGCCAGUGCAUUUCUGAGGCGUUUAAAUGCGACGGCUAUCCCGACUGCCGUGACCACUCGGAUGAAGCGGGCUGUGCGAAAGCCCCGCGUUGCCCGGCGCAGCUCCGGUGUUCGCACAGCCAUGAAUGCCUUCAGAAAGAGUGGCUCUGUGAUGGAGAAGAGGACUGCAAAGAUGGCUCGGACGAGAAGAACUGCGACAACCUUCCAACAAAAUGCAGGAAGUACCAGUUUCAAUGCAGAGAUGGAAGUGUGUGUAUUCCUCAGUCGUGGAGGUGUGACGGGAAGGAGGACUGCGACAAUGGAGUGGAUGAAGACAAAUGUACCCAAAGGAAAUGCCCCUACCACCUUUAUCAGUGUGGCAGCAGAGAAUGUGUGGACACCAGGCUGGUGUGUAAUGGCGUCACCAACUGUGUUGAUGGCUCAGAUGAAGGUGUGGGAUGUGCACAACGCAACUGCUCAGGUGCUUCCGCUCCUGCCUGUGACCACAGCUGUGUCAGCACCCCCAUUGGACCGAGGUGUUACUGCGGUGUGGGUUUCAGGCUGCACUCCAGCUCCAAGUCCUGUGUGGACGUCGAUGAGUGCACUUCAACACCAGCUGCUUCAUGCAAACACAUUUGCCAGAACACCCGCGGGUCCUACAGUUGUCGCUGCCACCCUGGCUUCUACCUCGAGCCAGAUAACAAAAGCUGCAAGACCAAAGAUGAGCCUCUGCUGUUGGCGUCAGUGCAGUCUGAAAUGUUGCUCCUUGGAGUCCACAGUGGAACGUUGCAGCUCCUCUCCUCUGCCGACCGGCCCAUCUCUACUCUGGAUUAUCACUGGGCGGAGCAGAGGGUUUACUGGCUGAGCCCGGACCACCUGAGCAUCCGCUGGGCUGACGUGAAAACUAAAAACAAAGGGACCCUGACCAAGGGUGUAAAGUCUGACUCUAUCGCAGUGGACUGGGUUGGUAAAAAUCUGUACUGGGUGGACGGACUGGUUGGGCAGAUUCUGGCGAUAAAGCUCAGCAGCUCAUUGGUGAAAUCUCAGAACUACACUGUGGUUCUUAGUGAAAACCUGGAGCAGCUAAGCUCACUGGUCCUGAUACCAGACAGGGGGCUGAUGCUGUGGUCUGAGAUUGGCAGCAUCCCUCAGAUCGAGCAGGCUGGGAUGGACGGUUCCCAGAGGAAAGUGCUGGUGAGCCAGGACUUGAGCUGGCCGGUCAGUCUGGCCUACGACUUCCUGGAUGGGCGGGUGUACUGGGCUGACGAGAAGCUGCGCUGCAUAGGCUCGGCCUCGCUGGAUGGAGACAACAUAAAGAUCCUCCAGUUGACUGAAACUCCGAGCCCUUUUUCUGUGGCCGUUUUCAACGACCGCGUGUUCUGGUCCGACACAAAGAGAAGAACUGUUCGUUCAGCUGACAAAAACACUGGCAAGGAUCAAAAGGUCCUCCUUAAGAGACCUGGGCAGCCGUUUGGACUAAAACUGAUGCACGCCAUCUCCCAGCCAGCCGUGUCGAGCCCCUGCGAUCAUCUCCGCUGCUCCCAUCUCUGCCUUUUGUCUCCAGCACCACCAGGAAUAUCAAGAGCCGGAACUCCAGCAGUAAAUGCUGCGGUGUGUCGGUGCCCGAAGGGGCUGCUGCUGUCUCAGGAUAAAAUCACCUGCGUCCUUCCUAAAGAGUCGUCUUUCAUCCUGCUUCUGUCCAGUAACAAAAUGUCUCAGAUAUAUCUGCGCUCUAUGCACCGCGAUGGCGUUCCACUGAAAAAAAUGCCCAACGGCAAAGAUUUUAAUCUCCCAGGACUAGCUGAGGCCAUGAGUCUGGACCUUUCCGUCCCAAAGCUUUCUGUGUUUGUUGCUUAUUUAAGACGUGGAACCGUGGAUGUGCUAAAGUUCAACUCCGGAGCAAAACCAGAGCUUUCACCUGCUGGGCAAAUCUUGAAGCUAAAGGAUGAUUCAGUAACGGCUCUGGCAGUGGACUGGGUGACUUCCAAUCUGUACUGGAGCAGCAUGGAGAGGCCUGACAUACACGUGACGUCGCGUCUCAAUGACUACGUCACCUCUCUGCAACAAGGACCUCUGACUGGAGUUGCAUCCAUCAGCGUCCACCCUCCUUCAGGUAGGCUCUGCUACUCUGCCAUAGUGGUAAUAGGUUCAAUGAGCCAGACGGAGAUCCACUGUGCAUGGAUGGACGGCCGUAACAAAGUGGUGAUCUGGAGGAAGUCGAGCAUCCCCAUCUCCAUGGUCUUUGCCAAUGAUGGAACCAGAAUCUAUUGGGCUGACAGUGGCGAAGGAGUAAUAGGAUCUAUUGGAGUGGAUGGAUCGAAGUACAAGGAGUACAAGACGGGACCUCAUCUGCUUGUGUCUUUUACACGAAUUGAGAACCUUCUCCUUUGGGUCACCUUGGACAAAGAUGUCAGCAAAUUGUGGUUCAGUGAUGGAUUCCAGCCCAAACAGUUGUGGUUCCAGACGAAGAUCAGGGUAGCUGAAAUCAGAUCCUACAACAAUGAAACCCAAUCUGGAGACAAUCUUUGCUCGGACAGCAAUGGUGGAUGUGUCCACUUCUGUCUGCCCUAUCCAGGAGGGAGGACUUGUAAGUGUGCGCGGGGAUUUUAUGGUGCUAAUGACACUUCCUGUGUCCCGCUUCCCUCCUGCCCCUCUGGUGAGGAAUCCUGUUGGGAUGGCAGCAAGUGUAUCAGCAGCAACAAGUUUUGUGACGGCCAUGCAGAUUGUCAGGACCAGUCAGAUGAACGGGACUGUCCAGGUUCUGCCUCAUUAGGGAGUAAAGUUGGUGGUGGCCAAUCCUCGCAGUCUUCCCUUCACCAACCUGACACGCAGAACUCCAUUUUGCCUAAUAAAGACUUGGCGUCGUGCGACCUCCAGCGUUGCAAUGGCCACGGCAGCUGCAUCACAGAGGGAGAAGUCGCUCGCUGCCGGUGUCUACCCGGUUACAAGGGAGAGUUCUGUCAGGAUCAGCAAACACAAAGCCACCCGGUUAUCAUCCUGGUGUCCUUCUGCCUGAUCUCUGCCGUUAUCCUGGCUGUGUUUGUCUUCGCUAAAAGGAAAGGAUGGGAGCACUUCAGAAGCAGAUCUCCAGAUAAAGAGAACCUUAUGGCCCACAUGGUUCUUCCUAGUGAACAGGACUCUGACUCUGAGGAGCUGGAAUCCCCUGCAGAUGUGAAGAGUCCCCUGCAAACAUUCAAGUGACAAAUGCAGCUGAAAUAAAAGCUUUUACUGUCUAAAUUGUCUAUUUAAUAAAAAAAUAUGAACCAAUACAAUAC